AAAAGCUUUUGAGGAACGUUAUUGAUUUCCCUCGAAUCUCUAUUGAUUUGCCAACAAAUCUUAUCAUUCUACUUUCCCGAAAUGCCAUUUGACAAUUAAAAUAAUGGGCCAAUAAAUUCUAACGCACAAACACUUACAAAUAAAGUUUCAAGUUUCUCCAUGGCUUUACAGAGCAGAAUUCGUUGGUUGUCCUGUAAUGUGUUUCUCCUUCUUGGAGGAGCAUUUCUGCUUUUCCUCUUUAAUUCUAGCCUCUCCUCUACUUCUAUAUUUAAGCUUCCAACUUACGUGUUUACGGCCGGAGAUCGAUUCGUCGACGAAAUUGACACGCCGGAUCAAACCUUCUAUGACGACCCGAAACUCAGUUACUCGAUCGAGAGACGAAUGAAGAAUUGGGACCAUAAACGGAAAGCAUGGCUCAAUCACCACCGCCGUCUCGCCUCUGGAGCAGACGAGCGGAUACUGAUGGUGACCGGAUCACAGCCGGCGACGUGCAAGAACCCAAUCGGCGAUCACCUUCUUCUGAGACUUUUGAAGAACAAGAUGGACUACUGCCGAAUCCACGGCUACGAUAUUUUCUACAACAACGCAUACUUGCAGCCUCAAAUGGACUCGUUUUGGGCCAAGCUCCCGAUCAUCCGGGCCACUAUGAUGGCCCAUCCAGAAGUGGAGUGGAUCUGGUGGAUGGACUCGGACGCAGUGUUCACAGAUAUGGACUUCAAGAUUCCAAUCGAGCGAUACAAGAAUCACAACCUGGUGGUUCACGGUUGGCCCAAUAUGGUCUACGAGAAAGGAGAUAAUAAAAGCUGGACGGGCCUGAAUGCUGGAGUAUUCCUGAUUAGAAAUUGUCAAUGGUCCAUGGACUUAAUGGACUCAUGGGCCAAAAUGGGCCCCCAAUCUCCUGAUUACAAAAAAUGGGGCCCAAUUCUGACCACGACGUUCAAGGACAAGCCAUUUCCGCUUCCGGACGAUCAGUCGGCUCUGAUUUAUUUGAUUUCGAUGGAAGGAAGGAAAUGGGCGGACAAGGUUUAUUUAGAAGGGGAGUAUUAUUUGGAGUCGUACUGGAUUGGGAUGGUAGGGUGGUAUGGUAACAUCACCGCCCAGUACACGGAGAUGGAGAAACGCGAACCUGGUUUGAGGAGGAGACACGCGGAGAGAGUGAGCCGGUUCUAUGGGGGUCUCAGAGAACCGGUUAUUAAGAAAGCCGGACUUAGAAGUGGGGCCGGUCGGAGACCCUUCGUAACGCAUUUCACGGGGUGUCAGCCGUGUAGUGGAAAUCAUAAUCCCACGUAUGAUGGAGACACGUGUUGGCAGGAGAUGGGAAGGGCUUUGAAUUUCGCUGAUAAUCAGGUGCUUCGCACGUAUGGUUUCUUGCACCAGGAUUUGGAGUCGUCGGCUGUUUAUUCUGUACCGUUUGAUUAUCCUCAUACUAAUAUCAUCCACCAAUGAGAGACUUCUAAGUGUCAAUUCUACCUUUAACGUUGUUUAAA